CCUGUGUUGAGCAACAAGGAAAAGGGCUCGCAUUUGCACCAUGAGACGAGAAAAAAAACCCUGUGAUGUAUCAGGUGUACUUUGAACGGGCUUGUGUUUGGUUAAAACUAGCCUAGCACAGAAUGGGUGGAGUAAUGUGAAGUCUCCUGUUGUGAUACGUGCCCAGGCAAAGAACGGACUUGAAUGGAAUUUUUUACUUCUAACGCUGAAGAGACCGUAAGCUAAAGGAUUACCCACUCUUUGGAACAACUGAUUUGAUUGUUCAUUCAAACCACAAUGGAGGCAACCAGUGAGACCACUAAAAUCCUGGGGAAGGGUCCAGAAUACCUUCGAAAGCAAAUGGAACUGGAGAAUGAGAAAAAAGGACGCAUGACUGCUGUGGAGAGGCUCGCUGCAAGCAAACUACAGUAUGUCAAAAGCCAACAGGUGGUCAACUCGGCUCAGGAGCCUGUGAUCAGUAUUGGACCAGCCUCUGUGAGUAGCAAUGGGUCUUCUAACCAGAGCUCAAACCGUUGUGGAAAUCUUGUCAUGGGGAGUAACUCAACAGAGGCUACACGUGGAGCACAAAUCUGCUCACCGGGGCAGAUACGUCAGUCCAGCUCCAAAAAACGACGAGACUCUCUUCUGCUUUACAGACAAAAAUGUGAGUUGCUGUCAACAAAUGACCGGAAACACAAUAUAACCCGUAAGUUGCUUCUCGGCUCUGUGCACAGAAAUGUUCCGUUACCUGAGGCAGCAGAUAAAGAGUAUGAGGGGGAAAACACCACACUUGAGGGAACAGUAAAGGAAUGUAGCUCACUUGAAGUUACCUCUAAAUCAGAGAGGAGGAUGAACGGAGUAGAAGGACAACACAAAACAGAUAACAGGGGUUCUGGGAGAAAGGUGACAGCUGGUGUGAACAAAUCUGCUGGUCUUCUGGCGGUCCCUGAGUGUGAAAGGAGGCCUGGCAAAGGGGUCAGUCGUUCUCACUCUGACAUCAGCUCCAGGUACUCCAAAAGCUUUGCGGACUUUGAUGUUUUCUUCAAGUACUGUGGGCUGGACAGUGAGGUUAUUGAGUCUUUGGGGAAGGAGAACUUCUCUGCAAGCUCAGAUGAAAUUCCAAUAAACAUCCGUAGUGUCAGCGUCUCGACAUCAGACGAUGGCUUCUCCAGGAACAGUGGUGACAGCGAUGGACUACAAGAUCGUGAGUUACAUGAAAAGAUACAUCAGGGGACGUCUGUUAUUGAACGUAAUGCAAGGAUUAUCAAAUGGCUGUACAGUUGCAAAAACGCCACAGAGACUGGGAAAAAGUUAAGAGACCUUGAUUGAGAUAACUCCUUCUUUUCUCUAUAGAGGCCAUAUACCUACAACUGAUACGUUUUACCCAUUUAUUGUAUCGCAGACCAUAAAUCAACUACAACGCCACUGGACUUUAUGUGACUGUGUGUUGUGACUGUGUGUUUGUGUGUCUAUGUGCCUAUAUCCGUUUUCUUUUGGUUUCUAUGCAUACUGUGUGCGAAUUUCAGCAAAAAAAUGCAUUUUUGCAUCUGUUCAAACUUGCAUAAAGCUUAGCUGUUCUCUGUCCUGCCACAGAAAGCCCCACCUCACACGCACACAGGAACACAAAAACUUAUUUUUCAAACAUUGGUGAUGGCGCAAUGGAUAAUACAUAUGCCUUUGGUGUGAGAGACCCAGGUUUAAUUCCCCACUGUGACCCAUCCACCAUUGUGUCCCUGAGCAAGACACUUAACCCCUUGUUGCUCCAGAGGCGUGCAACCUCUGACAUGUAUAGCAAUUGUAAGUCGCUUUGGGUAAAAGUGUCAGCUAAAUGUAAAUGUUACUAGCAGGUUUAUUUGCUGACGUUCUACACAGAUUUUUCACAGAGCUGCAAUUUAGAAUUCCUAAUACCUGUGUUAAAUGUCAAAACUGUGUGCAUGGGUGCACACUUGAAGACACAAAUAACGACACGCAUAUCAAGAUUAAAAUUUUAGGAGCAGUGAUAUUGCUCAUGUUAUGCUACUCAAAUAUGAAGUUCCUCAGGAAGGCAUUCAGACCACCAUAAGCAUGAACGUGCCCUUAAAUAAUCAUUUAUCCAAUCUGCCUAUAAGUUCAUAAUCCAAUGAGUGUAUCCCUGCCCACAUUUCAUGUACACCUUUCAUCUGGAGAUGUGAAAUGUGUAAAUUCCUUUCCACACACACACCACAGUUACAAAAGUAAAGAGUGUCAGUAAGACAGGUCUGCUCCUUCCAUGUUAUCGUAGACGAGUGUUUCUUGUUGACAGUAAUAAAAAUCAUUAAAUCUAACUGCCGCUGGACAGAAAAACUUGUGCACAGGAUGUGUGCAGGAUGUAGUUAUUUUCCAGCCAAAGAAUCAGCUUGUCCCUGAGUACUGUGUGAGAGGAAUGUACUUAAUAAUCUGAUAGGCUUAAGUCCAGUGACCUGUUGUAACUGUAUCUCCACUUUUCUCCCAAUCUCUGUCUGCUUUGUCUCUUCACCACUUUUUUCCCCUUUCUGUCUUUUAGCCAAUUGUGGACUCAAUGUGUUAAACGGGAUAACCACCCACUCUGUUUUUCUCUUGUAAAAACAAUGUCUCUGCACAGCAUAUGUGAGUAGAUACACAUCACUCAGGUAUACCCAUGUUGUCAACACACAUUUCUCUCCAGAGGCCUGACUGAAUUUUUCAUAUGAUGGCAAGUCAUGUCCUGCUCUUUCCACUUGUUUGUUCCCAGAAUUAAAAAUUACUUCUUAAUAUUCAGCUGAUGAUUCAGUGUACAAUGUGUGAUUGCUGACUGCAGGCUUGUAAGCCUUCUUUUAUUUGGGAUUUUUAUUGUGUAAAGUGUUACUGUGAUCUCAGUCAAUUUCACCAUAUAGGCUGAAAUAUUACUGCAGUAUCACUUCACCCCUUUACCCAAACCAGGUUCAAGCUACCACUACCGUUGUCUGUGUUGUUUUAUACUGUAAAUUUGGAAAACUGCUAGAAAUAAAGUUGUUAAUUAUUUUUCUUACUCGCAAA